AAGAUCAAAGAUCAGUAGACUCGGUGCAUUCGAAAAGUGCGGUUAUACAGUAGGUAUUUUAGUAAAAAACUGAAAAAGUAACGAUGGGUGGAUCGCCUUACUGUCUAGAAGGAAUAAGUGCAAUUUUGUGCUGUAUCGCCAUUGCCGCAGCCUCAUCGUGUGUUACACCGUCUGGAGGAACCGGUAAAUGCGUACCACUAGAGCACUGCUCCAAUCUUUUUGCCAUAAAACAACUGUCGCACAAUGUUACCGAAAAUUUCGAAAAAAUACUAACACAAGCGGAAUGCUCUCUGAAGGACUCACGAGGAAAGGGACUAUGCUGUCAGCUUGAACGAAAUUUUCGCCUGCCGGACAACUGUGGGGUUUCCUCAAACGACCGAAUUGCACAUGGUAAUAAGACAGAGGUCUUCGAAUAUCCUUGGAUGGCUCUAUUGAUGUUCCGCGAUACGUUUAGCAACGAACUGGUUGGUAAUUGCGGGGGAACUUUAAUCAACGAACGAUACGUGUUAACGGCUGCACAUUGCUUUAAGCAAGAUAAACGAUUUGAGCUGGAAUACGUACGAUUGGGAGAGCACACCAUCAGUGAGGAACCUGAUUGUACUAGAAUAGUCGAAUCUGGAGAAGUCGUUGAAACAUUCUGCGCACCCCCAGUGGAGAAUGUUCCUUUCGAGUCAUACAUUAUUCAUCCUGAGUACCGCACUGCGUUCAGCGGCAAUGAUAUCGCAUUGAUCCGUCUAGCAAAAGCUGUCACGUUCAAAAGCCACAUUCAACCAAUCUGUUUACCAUUGACUGCCAAUCUGAAAGACACUCUUCUACCGAGAUACAUUGUCAGUGGUUGGGGUCUGACGGAGCAAAUCGUGCACUCGGAUGUGCUGCUUAAAGCGGCACUGCCAAGGGUCGAUGGAAGAACCUGCCAGCAAAGGAUUAAUGAGGUCGACCAACAGAAGCUCAACAUUACCAUUAGUCCAAAACAACUUUGUGCAGGAGGUGUUAAUUUAGUGGAUAGCUGCCAGGGUGACUCCGGUGGUCCGCUGAUGUGGCCGGUAGAUUAUCUAGGCCGAACGCGAUUCGUCCAAUUUGGAGUCGUUUCGUAUGGAAUCGAUAGCUGCGGUGCAGUUAAUUUCCCAGCUGUUUAUGCUCGAGUUGGUAGCUAUAUGGUUUGGAUUAUCCUUAAUAUGAAGGCUUGACAAACGGUGAUCAUCAGUAUUCAUGAGAAGUGGUCAUCAUAAUAAUAAAACUUGUAGUUAACAAAGUGAAA